GUUUAAAUUUUAAUUUUAUCCCCAACAUACGGAAUCGGCAUAAAAUCAAAUCAAAGUCGUAAAAAUUAAACAAAGUCCAAUCCAAUCAAACACAAUUCAUAGAAAGUAAAACUCCGACGCCAUGUCCAGCUCCGAUCCCAACAAGCUCAUCUCCAAAGCCGACAAACUAACAAAGCUAAGUCUUACAAGGUGGAGUGCAGAUUGGAAAAGUGCUACUCUUUUAUAUGAACAAGCUGCAAAUGGAUUUCGAGUUUCAAAGGAUUAUGAGAAAGCAAAGUUGGCAUUCGAGAAAGCUUCCAAAGGACAAGAGAUGCUAGCUUCUCCCUGGGAUGCUGCUAAACACAUGGAGUCUGCUGCUGCUUUAGCAAAGGAACUACGCAACUGGACUGAGGUUAUCGACUUUUACAGAAGGGCAUCUGAGCUAUACAUGCAGUGUGACAGACCACAACCUGCAUCUGAUUCACUUGCCAAGGCUGCCCGUGCUUUGGAGGAUGCUUUGCCUGAUGAUGCUGUUCAACUAUAUACCGAUGCUUGUGUUAUUCUUGAAGAUGAUGGAAAGGAACAGAUGGCCUUUGAUCUGUUUCGAGCUGCUGCUAGUGUUUAUGUAAAACUUGAGAAGUUCACUGAUGCUGCUACUUUCCUAUUGAGGUUGGGCUUAGCAGCUGACAAGUGCAAUGCUAGAAAUAGUCAGUGCAAGGCGUAUCUGAGUGCAAUUAUUGUGUAUCUUUAUGCUCAUGACUUAAAGCAAGCAGAGAAGUGCUACAAUGAUUGUUCACAAAUCGAUGCUUUCUUAAGAAGUGAUCAGAACCGUUGUGCUAGUAAACUUCUUUCUGCUUAUACAGAAGGUGAUGUAGAAGAAAUCAAACGUGUAGCUCAGUCGAGUACUAUUUCCAAUCUUGACAAUGUGAUCAUAAAGCUUGCAAGGAAGUUGCCUACUGGUGAUGUGGCUGAACUAAAGGAAGAAGCUGCUAAAGGUGAGGAAGAAGCACUGGAUGAAAAUGACCUGACAUGAGUUUUACCUGUAAGAAAUUGUUUCAUCCUCUGCAUCCAUGGGAUUUGUGUGUGCUGCUCAUCCCAUCCUUUCUUUUCAUGUAAUUACAUAGGCAUAGAAACAUGUUCCAUUUAAGUUUGCUUUAACUCUUGUUGUGCUUUGCCUACUUGAAAAAGAAUGAUGUUUAAUCAUUUUUAAACUGUUGCUUGUUUAUACGAGUGGGCUUCACAAUGCAAUUGCCCUUAUUGGAACUUUCUUCUUUCAAA